AUGGACCGCUUCAUCCCCAACCGCAGUGCCAGCAACCUAGAUGUUGCCAACUACAACGUCAGCCGCGAGGCCAAGGACGUUGAGAACCUGGACGCCCUGUCGCCCACCAAGCUGGAGUACAAGAAGCAGCUGGCGGCCAACCUGGGCCAGGACGACUCCGCUCGCAUCCUGGCCUUCAAGCAGAAGGCGCCCGCGCCGGCCGAGGGCUUUGAGAACCACAUGGCGGCACUCUACUCGGCCAACGCGGGGCCCCGCCCCAAGAAGGCCUUCCGCGCCGUGCCCCAGCAGCCAGACCGCAUCCUGGACGCCCCAGACCUCGUUGACGACUACUACCUCAACCUGCUGGACUGGAGCUCCACCAACGCGGUGGCCGUGGCCCUCAACCAGGCCGUCUACCUGUGGAACGCCUCCUCCGGCGACAUCCAGGAGCUGCUGAGUGCGCAGGGCGAGGACUACAUCACCUCCCUGUCCUGGGCCGCCGACGGCAAGCACCUGGCCGUCGGCUACUCCUCCGCCCUCACCCAGAUCUGGGACGCGGAGCGCUGCAAGCCGGUGCGCAACCUGGGCGGCCACGCCGCCCGCGUGUCCUCCCUGUCCUGGAACAACCACACCCUGUCCACCGGCGGCCGCGACUCGCUCAUCCUGCACCACGACGUGCGCGUGCGCGAGCACGUCACCGCCACGCUGCGCGGCCACGAGCAGGAGGUGUGCGGCCUCAAGUGGUCGCCCAACGGCACGCAGCUGGCCAGCGGCGGCAACGACAACCUGCUGAUGAUCUGGGAUGCGGCGGCCGACCGCGCCACGCACCGCAUCACCGCGCACCAGGCCGCCGUCAAGGCGCUGGCCUGGUGCCCCUUCCAGAGCAACCUGCUGGCCACCGGCGGCGGCACUGCGGACCGCACCAUCAAGUUCCACAACACGCACACAGGGGCCCUCCUCAACUCCAUAGACACUGGCAGCCAGGUCUGCUCGCUCCAGUGGAACCGCCACGAGCGCGAGCUGCUCUCCUCCCACGGUUUCAGCCAGAACCAGCUUUGCCUGUGGAAGUACCCCUCCAUGGCAAAGGUGGCGGAGCUCACGGGCCACACCUCCCGGGUGCUGCACCUGGCCCAGAGCCCCGACGGCACCACCGUAGUCAGCGCCGCCGCGGACGAGACGCUGCGCUUCUGGCGCUGCUUCGGCGAGCCCGCAGGCGCCGCCCCCAAGGGCGGCGCCAAGCCGGGCGCGGCCGCCGGCAGCCUGCUGCGCAGCGUCAACAUCCGGUGA